AUGAAGAAGGCGGAGUGGCUAAGUUAUUUUUGUUGUGAACGCAAUAAUAUAUUUACAUUUACAAUGGCAUGUACUAUAAACUUUAACAGUGAUUCCACAGGCAGUUUUUAUGCGGGUGAUAUUGUGACUGGAACUGUUAUUUUGGAAUUGAAGAAUGAACAAAAAUUUCAAAGCAUUGAUUUAAAAGUAACGGGAUUAUGUAAAGCCCACUGGACAAGGCCUAUGCCUACAAUGCCUUACAUAAAAAUUUAUUCUGAAAAGAAGAAAGUCCUUAGUUUGCUAAUGACUGAUAUAUUCAGGGAUUUGAGUGUUGGGAGCGUGUUGCCGGCCGGUGUCCACCAUUAUCCAUUCCAUUUCGCAUUACCCCCAGAUUUACCCUCAACUUUUGAUAGUUCUGUUGCCAAAAUAACUUACUCAGUAAAAAUACAAAGUAAACCAGCUUACAAACUCAGAAAAUUAGCAACAUUCAAUGUAUUUGGAAAUGUCAAUGUAAACCACAUGGACGAAUACUUGAUGCCGACAUUCAACGAGUUUCAUAAAACCUUUAGGAAUUCUGGAAAAUUUACGAUUUGUGUUAAAACCUACAGGGCUUUUGCCCCUAGACAAACUAUUCCCUUCGAAGUAACAUUAGUUAAUGAGAGAAAAGUAAAAAUUCGAAAAAUAGUCAUAUCGUUGAUACAGAAAAUAAAAUAUAGCGUGCACUCAGGUUAUGCUGACGAAGAGAGAAAAAUGUGCAAGGCAGAAUACAGAAAGUUUUCUCUAAAUAUAGCUGAGUUAUGUUUUUUCAAUAUGGAGAUCCCUCAUAUUAUACCAUCUACUAUGGAUAUUGAAGACCCCAUGGUACACAUAUCGUAUAUUUUUAGGAUUCAAGUCAUUUUUCCAUUCCACACUUCCUUACAAGAAGAUAUGUCAGUCUUAGUAUCGACAGCGCCCGUUCUACAUUAUGAUUUUAAAUAA